AUGGCUUUAAGCUAUUUCGUAUCGGGCUUGAUACCCUCAAUUCGCCGAGAAGUUCAAGUCAUGCAACCAGCCACCAUUAGUCAAGUUGUGGCCUAUGCUAGGUUACAUGAGGAGAAGCAAAAUGAUGCGCGGAAGACGUUUCGGCCUUCAACAGGAGCAGCCCCAAGCUCCUAUCAACAACCAACACUUACACCUUCAUCCACUACUCCUUUAUUACCUACACCGACGCGGACGAACUCAUCCACAAUUCCUUUUAAACACCUCACGUCGGAGGAACUAGCUAUGCAUAGAGAAAAGGGGCUAUGCUUCCAAUGUGAUGAAAAAUAUUCACGAGGUCAUAAGUGUUCUUCCUCGUUAUUUUUGCUGAUUAUGGAAGAUAAUGAUGAGGUGCCGGAACCACACGAUCAACAGCUGGCUCUGUCGGAAAUUGUAUCGGAACCACUGCCUGCGCAGUUGAGCUUUAAUGCGUUAUCCAGACACGUGGUUCCGAAAACACUACGUAUGCAAGGGUAUAUCCACGGACAACCAGUGAGCAUAUUGAUAGAUGGUGGUAGCACGCAGAAAUUCGUGCAUCACAGGGUGGUGAUGUCGGUAGGCUUAACGACGACUGUGACUUCACCGUUAAGGGUCACGGUUGGCAACGGCGAUGAACUUCAGUGCCAACAAACGUGUCCCAAUGUCGAGGUAAUUAUUCAGCGACACCCCUUUGUCAUUGAUUUCCAUGUUUUACCUAUCUGUGGUGCUGAUCUAGUCCUGGGAGUACAAUGGUUGAAAAUGCUGGGACCAGUGUUGACGGAUUAUACCACGCUCACGAUGAAAUUCAUGGCCGCCGGCCACCUUGUGGAACUACGUGGUGAACACGAGCAGGCCCUAGAAUCUAUCUCUUCCUCUCAGCUUCGACGCAUAAUACAUACCAAUGGAACAAGUAUGAUGUUUCAUAUUCAAUUGGAACCAUGUAAACCCCCACAACCUGAGAUUACCCCGAUACUCACGAUAUUGAGGGGCUGCAACACCGGUAAACGUGAAACCAUACCGGUACCCCCAUUACCAGAAGAAGGAGAUAGAAGACCAGAUCAGUUCAAUUUUGACAAAGGAUUCAUACGACCCAGCGCUAGUCCCUUUUCAUCACCUGUGUUAUUGGUGAAGAAGAAGGACAGGUCAUGGCGGUUUUGCAUCGAUUAUAGAGCUCUCAAUGCCAUAACAGUUCGCGAUAGGUUUCCUAUACCAACUAUUGAUGAGUUGCUAGACAAACUCGGCGGGGCACGGUGGUUUUCCAAGCUAGACUUGAUGCAAGGAUACCACCAAAUUCUUAUGAAAGAAGAGGAUGUCUGCAAAACCGCAUUCAGAACACAUCAAGGGCAUUACGAGUUCAUCAUUGUCUUCUUCGAUGGUGUGUUGGUAUAUAGCAAAACAAUGGCAGAUCAUUUGGGUCAUCUCGAAAGCGCGUUCAAACUCUUGCUUUCAGGAAAGUUCUCUCUGAAAUGUACCAAAUGCACUUUUGCCCAGUCCCAAUUAGAGUACCUGGGGCAUGUCGUUUUCGGCAAUGGAGUUGAACCGGUGCCGGAAAAGUUACAUGCUAUUCAGGAGUGGCCUCUUCCUCAAUCAGUAAAAGCAUUGAGAAGCUUUCUCGGGUUGGUAGGCUUUUAUAGACGAUUUAUUAAAGGGUAUGCUAAGAUUGCGGCACCUCUCUCCCAGUUGUUGUGUAAGGGCCAGUUUCAGUGGUCAGAGGCAGCCACAAAAGCUUUCACCACUUUGAAGAAGGCGGUGUCAACGGCCCCCGUAUUAGCACUGCCUAACUUUGAUAUACCUUUUGUGGUGGAGACAGAUGCAUCGGGCACCGGCGUCGGAGCAGUCCUCUCACAGAAUGAACAUCCUAUAGCAUUCUUCAGUAAGGAAUUUUGCCCAAAGCUUCGAGGCUCCUCCACCUACAUCCGAGAACUUGCAGCCAUCACCAUGGCCGUUAAGACGUGGCGCCAUUAUUUGUUAGGUCACCCUUUCGUGAUCCUCACUGAUCACUAG